CUGCGCAGACUCUGAACACUUUCACGCGAGCGGCGAACUUCACUGGGAACCUCGCGCGCCUCGACGCCUGUCGCCCACAUCAUCAUCACCACCACCAUCAUCAUCAUCAUCAUCAUCAUCCUCACCCUCAUCAUCAGCACCAUCAUCAUCCUCAGCAGCAUCAGCAGCAGCAGCAUCAGUGUGAUGAAGCAGCGGAGGACGGAGACCUUCCUGCUCUGAGACACUGGAUCAGCCCGCAGACAGGAUGACUGAGGUGAUGAACUCCCUGGAGCCAGGUACCGAGGACUUCAGUGGGGGUGGAGCAGCAGCAGAUCAGGACACAAUCUUCCCAGAUACCCAUGAAAGGUAUCCAAAGUUGUCCAAGAGGCUUCCCUCCAUCGUGGUCGAGCCGACGGAUGGAGCCGAGGUGGAGAGCGGCGAGCUCCGCUGGCCGCCGGACGAGCCGACCUCUCCGGACGCCCAAACCGAGAGAGAGAAACAAAGCGCAGAUGAGGAACAAUCGAAUGUCGGCGUGGAUGAAGAGGCUUCAGCAGCGGAGAUGCAGGACUCCAACUGAACAAACUCUCCUCCUGCAAUAAUCCACUGUUACUGUGAGUGUGUCCAGACUUGGAUUAAUGAAAAAAAAAAGAGGAGCAUAUUGCAUUGAUAGAAAGAUCUCUGAGACGGAGGAGGAAGGGUAGAAAAACAGAUUCCCAAACCCCAGCUCACAGGCUUGGAGCCAGAGUCCUGCUGCCACCUUCUUAAAUAAAUUCACAGAAGGUGUUUUUCUUUCCGCGUCCUCAUCUCCGUACGCUGAUGAAGGAGGAGUAAACUAACGAAGAUGAUUGAAGGGACCAAGUUCAGCUGGAAAUGAACAAAACAUUCUUUAUUUGGCAGCAGACGUGUUUUCAAUGUCAGAUUUAGAUAAAGUCAAUCUUCAGGUUUUAAACAUCUAAUGUAACUGUGUGUGAUUUGGUGUAAACAUAUAUUUUUGAUUUGAUUAAUUAAAGUUCCUCUCUUCCUCUGGCUCCAAGCCCCUCACUGUCCAGAUUCCCACAAUAUCACGUCUGACAUCUGGAUAGAUGUUUCCUAAAUGCUGUCUUAAGUAUUUAGCUCAUGUGUGCCAUACUACUACUACUACUACUAAUGGUAGCUACUGUAUUUUGUGCACAGUUUUUAACUCUAGAUGUAAUGUGAUUACAUCACUGUAGUGCUGACUGCUGUAGUUUGGUGAUCACUCUUCACUUUGUAAUAAUAGCUACGAUGUUUUAAAGAGCAGUAUUUGAUUAAGAAAGCCUCCAUCACUUUAUUCGAUGUUACUACGACACAUUCUUUAAUAUAUAAUAAUAAUAAUAAGUGAGCGUUGUCUUCAUACAGUAGGUGUUAAAGGGAAUGUAACCUGUGUUCUGUUUUACUUAUAAAAUAUUGGAGCAAUAUGUUGACGGGAGUUUAAAGGCAGUCCAUUUUGUUACAGACUACAGAAGUAAAAAAUAAAAAAUAACCAGUAUAUUUUAGAUGUGUGUCGCUUGUCACAGACAUGAUAUUUUUUAAAAUACUGGAAGCCUAAAUUAUUGCACAAGAAAUAAACCUUUUCAAAAUUCUUAA